AUGGCGUCCUCGGCCGCAGCUGUCGACCAGAUCCCUGUUUGCACAGUGAACGCGGGGCCGCGCAGUCCCGAGUGGCAAGAGAGGCUGAAGGAGGAGUAUAUCGCGCUUAUCGCUUACAUUUCUCAGAACAAGAACAGCGACAAAGAGUGGUUUAAAAUCGAGUCCAACAAAGAAGGGACUGAGUGGAAGGGCCGCUGCUGGUACAUCCACGACAUGGUCAAGUACGAGUUCCAACUGCUUUUCGAUGUGCCCGCCACGUAUCCCUUGACACCGCUGGAGCUACGCCUUCCUGAGCUCGACGGGAAAACCAGCAAGAUGUACAGGGGCGGCCGCAUUUGCCUGGACGUCCACUUCGCACCCCUGUGGCAGAAGAACGCACCCAAGUAUGGCAUCGCGCAUGCACUCGCUCUAGGGUUGGGGCCGUGGCUAGCUGCGGAGAUUCCGUACCUCGUUGACGAGGGCGCGAUCGUCGGCGUCUGA